GGACAGGGGCUGGGGUGGUGGUGGCGGCCCCUGCAGGCAGAGGGAGGAAGUGCGCGUAGUCCGCCCGACCGCGGAGUCGGCUACUUACUACAGGGCCGCUCCCCCCCUCCCGCAACUGGGCGUCAGGAGCGAGGCCCGGGCGGAGCGGCGAUGGCGGCCGCCGAAAGUGCGUCGUUGCCGUAACUGAGAGGACACGAAAGGCCCGAGAGCGCCGCGGUGGCUUCGGAGCCUUGUGUCAGCAAGAGAAGAGCAUUCUGUUCCUGAACAUGUGCACAGUCUGAUUGUGGAACUUAACCUCGUAAUCGUGUUGCCAGUGAAUAGCUACUAGGCUCAGUGAUGGUGCUGAACUUUUCUGGGCAUGAUCUCAUAUUGUGUCAUCAUAGAGAUCUUGUCUUAAUUCAUCAGAAACCCAAAGGGAAACAAAGCGAAGCAACCGAAGAUCAGACCAGGACAAGCCCCCGUGACAUGGCUGCUUAAACCACACGGACAAUCUGAAAGGGACCUCAACUGUGAUGACAGCUUACCGAGUGCCAGCUGCCCUCCUUCACCAGAUUGAGCAGGAACUGGACCUGGAUGAAAAAGAAACCAUGCUCUUCUUGUGCCGGGACCUCAUUCCCGAAGGAUCCGAGAUGGAUGUGAGGAAGCUCUUUGUGGCUCUGAAUGAGAAGGAGAUGCUGGCCCCUUUGGGCUUGCCUGAACUGUUGUACAGAGUAAAAAGGUUUGACUUGCUGAAGAAGCUCCUGAACAUGGGGAGAGCAGCUGUGGAAAGCAGCUUGGCCAGGUGUCCUCCAAUGGUGUCCCGAUACAGGGUGCUGAUGUCUGAAAUCAAUGAAGAUCUGGACAAAGAUGACUUGAGUUCUCUUGUUUUUCUUCUCAUGAGUGAACGCGGGGGGUCCCAUAUGAAGAUGGCAAAAGAUAAGAGUUUCCUGUCAAUUGUAGUUGACCUGGAGAAGCGAGACCGGAUAUCCCCUGGUCAUCUAGAUUUGAUAGAAGAUUGCUUCCGGCACAUUCACAGGAAUGAUUUGGUAAAAAGGAUCCAGAAAUACAAAUGGGAAGUUUCAGCUCCAGUGCACCCCAUUAGCGCUCCACCGGUGUAUGGAAACACACUCCAGGCAUCAUUUCCUAAGCUGUCGCUUGCUGACCCCCCACUGAUUACAGAAAAAAGAAGGUCCCUAAAUGGAGAAUGUCCUCCUCAAGCAGAACAGGUUCACAUAUCAAUACCCGAAACAGGAGGAGCCCCAGCACAGGUAUUGAAGAAGUACAGAAUGCAGAGCCAGCCUUUAGGAGUGUGUCUGAUUAUAGACUGCAUCGGCAAUGACGCAGCUAUGCUGGCGGACACCUUUCGGGCACUGCGAUUUGAAGUCCAUUGUCACCUGUUCCUGAAUGUGGAUUCCAUGGUGCGUGAGUUGCACACGGCAGCGAGACUGAAAGAGCACAAAGACUAUGACUGCUUUGUUUGUAUCCUGGUCAGCCGAGGAGACCAUCAGAACAUCUUCUGCACAGACCAGCUCGUUCCAGGGUUUCCGCUGGAGAGGGUGAAGAGCUUUUUCACUGGCGGCAUGUGUAAUGAUCUCUUAGGAAAACCGAAGCUCUUCUUCAUCCAGAACUAUAUUGAGUCGGGAGGUUGGCAGGACGAUACUAGCCUGGUCGAGGCAGAUGGAGACCUGUGUACGAUCCCGCAGGUAGCAGACAUUCUCUGGAGCCAGAGUAUGGUGGAUGCUUCUGCGUUAGAGAAAUCACCCGGCUCCUCUUCGUACUAUCUGACGGCUCUGGCCAAGCUUUUGACUGACCCGCACAAAAGGAAAUUUCCUCUGCUGGAUAUUCUUGUGGAACUGAACAACAGAGUUUAUGAGAGGAAUAGGACUAACCCAACAGAGCUAUAUUCUCUUUUCUUGAAGCACACCCUGAGGAAAAAACUCUUCCUUUCUACCAGUUAAACAUCUAAGCCUUUACCUGAGAUAGGUAUGUCCAACAGAUUCCUUUCUUGCGGAGAUAAUCAUUCACUGGCCAUCCAUGUGUAGUCAGAAACACGUUGUGCCUUUCAAGCCGCUAGUCCACAUAAGGCACUUCAGAUCUGUGCCUACAGUGCACUACUCUGCUUUACCAAAGUAUAAGUGUCCAUGGUAAAGAUGCACUGUCUUUAAAAAACCCAAAAAUAAAAUUCUUGCCUUUUAAAGACAUUAAGAUUUCCUUCAAAGAAGUAUAUUCCCUUCAGCCAGUUUGGAGUCAAGGGUUAUACACCUAUAUGAUGCCCCACUCAUCAGUCUCAGCGCACCCAGAGUGAGCCAGAGGUAAUGGAGGAGCAACAGAGAAAUGGGGGACUUGGCCAAAUCGAGUCAUAUAUGAUAUAAGGAAGUACCACUGCUCAGUCAGAGGGGCUCCUGGCAGAAAAACCAUUGGCCACAAGAACGUAGAAAGAGGGACAUCGUUGAGGCUUGCUUUUGUAACCAUGCCGUUUGUAGAUUUUGAAAGUCAGAAGGUCAGUGUUCUCCAGGCUAGUGCCCUCCAGAUAGUUCAUCAUCCCGGAGGCCAUACUGGUUGAGAUUACUGGAGUUGUGUUGCAUGCAGCAUGUCUAGAUGGCACUAGGUUAGGGAUGUUUGAUACAGAAACACAUCAGUUGGAAUUGUGUGUAUAUAAUUCCAAGGCAGACUCCAGGAUUCGGCAUCCUUUCUCACUCUGAGUUUAGCUCUGCCUCUACCACCACGGGCCUGUUGCCAGAUUUAUUAAGAGAGAAUCCCUGGGUGAUUGCUUUAGUCGGUUGCUCUGCCUUUUACAUCUGUUAUUUAAGUGUAAGAGAGGGCGUAGAGUGUAGCUCUCUACCUUAUGUGGGCAAGCAGUAGACCUCCGGUAGAAUUGGGGCGCCACUGUUGGAUUUGUGAAAGACUAAGCUCUUGUAGGUCUGUGAUAGUUUGAGGAAGAAUACUGAAGCAGCUCUUUGGGGACAUGUGAAUUUGCUGUUAAGUUAUGGGGUGUCAGAAGUAUAUUUUUGAUAUGGGAUUGCAUCAGAAUUUGUGUUCUGUUGGUGAUUGCUUUGACAGUGUUAGGCGUUAUGAUUUAAAGACCCUGUUAUGGCCAUGUUAUGUUAUGUAAUUAUGCCUGCAGAAGGCAAACAGUGUAACUUGUUGCACCUUCUCCGUGAAAGUUAACAAGUCUCUGCUUGAAUUUUUUGAACAUUUCCUUAAGGUGGGGGAGGAUGACAAGGUGAGUUUUCCGACCCAUUCACCUUGGCAGACAGGAUCUUAAAGUCAGUCUUUUUUUGAGCUCCUGGCUCCCUCUGGUGGUGAAGACAACCCCAAGAAUUCAUUCUUAAAUUCCAGUCAUUUGCACGUGGUGCCUUGUUUUAGUUUUGUGUUUUCUUUUUCCUUCCAGUUCUAACAAAAGAUACUUCCCCCCCCUUUAUUCUUUCCUUAUUCCUUAUUUCAGCUCUAACAAAAGAUACUUUUUUUCUGUAUCCGGAAAUUUGUUUGUGAAGAGUUUUUCCCUGUUUUAAAUUAGAUCUCCACAAACCCAAUUGCUCUCAAACUGCCUGAAUACCUUUUACAUGUAUAUCCCACUUUUCAGGCAGAGUUUAGCAAUUUUGCUUUUAUAUUGCCACUCCCAAGAAUUCUUAGCCAGUUCUGGGGAUUAUUGUUCAGAAAAAAAUAACUUUUAUAAGCUACAUUCUUCUGUGAAGACAGUAAUAAAAAUAGCUGCCUGAUACAGUA